GACGCUGACAGUACUAGGCGGCCAAGACCCAAUCACCAUUAGACAUCAGUGGUUAGCGCGCAUUAACUCGACUCUAAAACCGCGAUCCAAACUUUGCUUUUCGCGUUAAUCCGGGCAUCUAUAAUACUGCGCGUACAUGCCAGUCUCCGAAUGUGUUGGGAUCGCGAAGCGACGACCGAAGCCUCUCGAAAAGCACACAGCCUAGCUCCAGCCUCGUGCUCAGCCGUUUCGCAGCUACGCAAUCUAUCUGCCGGAUCCCCGUAUUCGCAAACGAUUCCGAAUCACCCCACCUGCUCGUGAGCCUCAGGUACGAUUUCCAGAUUAAGACACGCGGCAUGCACCACGUUUUCUCAAUCAUUGCUUCCACACAGUCGGGUUAUUUUCAGGCAGGUAUGUCGCAAGGGCAAAGGGAGUCAACAACACGACCUUCCUGAUGUAUAUACGAGUGUCGGUUGGAGAUCCUUUGGGAGAGGGUAAAACGGUGUUAAGGCUUUCGGACCGUUUCUCUUUCUUCUCCUCUCUGUUUGGUGGAUAUACCCUUCCUUUGGUGCUUCUUCUUGGGUGGGGUAGAUCGCGAGCGUUCUCUCCUUCUGUCUUUGACCAUGAUUUACGAUCAGCAGCGCAUAUCAUUCGGGUGGCUGUUUGCCUUCUUGCAUGGAUGGAUGGCGCAAGUGGAGUUCGCACAGCAUCGUUUGAUCUUUCCUUGGGAGCUUCUUCCGGUGUUUCUGGAUUGGGUCUCCUUUUUCUGCACCACUUCAAUUUCUGUAAUAGUAGUCGUAACUCUCGUCAUAUACUAUUCUUGCACACAACCACCUUCAUUCCAUUCGCAUCUUUACCUUUUUCCCCUGCGUCAUGGUACGACGAAUACGACCCAGGCACUGUAUACAGCGAUAUAAAAAGGUUGAUUGACGUCGAUACGAGUUUCUCACCCCCGAGUUUACUGCUCGCUCGCUCCCCCUUGCAGCAGCAGAACACGAACGAUCUUCGCGAUCGUCUUCAGCCUCCGACUUUAGUUGCUUUUUCCUCAGCACUCGAGUUUCGCAUUCGAAAGAGGACUUUUUCAUUGGGUUUUACGGCAUGCGGGUCCGCGAACCUGCUGACUACAGGUCGCGUUCGACAUUGUGAAUUGAAUGCUUGUCUCACAGCACCAGGCUGCUCGGUAGCACGGCAUGGGGGACUGGGACUGGGCAACGCCGCAAACGUCGUCCGCCCGCCUUGUUCGUGCCUCACCGGGUUUAAGCCGCCCAUAUCACAUCCUGAGCGCUUCGCUCGAACCGCCACUCUUCCACACGCGCGACUCCCUUCGAAUCAAGCGCAGAAGAUUGCCGUCGCACAGUACGUCCCGGACUCGGGGGCCUACCUACGCCGCUUGUCUACCUACCCCUCUGCCCCCCACCCACGAUCUCCUCACCACCGCCAUCCAAACAAUAACUCAUCACUCUACAUUUCUGCAACCUCUGCAGCCUCCAGAACCGACGCCGUGCCACGCCUUCACCUUCGCCUUCACACUUGCUGCACGCGGGGACCGGACCGCACUGUGGCACGGCAGCCCAGCCCAGCCCAUAGCCCAGCGCUUUCUCAGCCCCCUGCCGCGCACGAGCCGCUUGUGAAUGGGCUGGCGUAUAGGAUCAUCCCAGGAGCGCGCAACGCUGCGGCUCAGCAGAUCCCUGGCGGGCUUCCCGCAGGCGUGCGACAGGGGUGGCGCUGCGCUGCGUGUUUUGCGGUGGGUGAGUGAUUGGCUGGCGCGGGGGUGGGUGUUGGGGUUUCGAAGCUGGGUUAGGCGGGAUCGUGGGGUGUGGGUUUGGGAUUUUGGGAUGGAUUUGCGGGCCAGCCGGUUUUUCGUGAUAAGCUGCUGAUGAGGCUUUUGCGACGUGUGUGUGCGUGGGAGUGGGGGCU